AUGCAUUUGCGGGACACCGAAGGCGGCGGAACCGCCUACCAAGAGAAUGGCCAUGCCGAUGGCGCAGACGGCUUGACUAACGGCACCGCCGUCGACCCUUCUUCAACGAGAACCGUUGCCGUGACGCCCCGGACCGAGGCCGGUGGCAUGAGCGACUUCAAACACGAGCUGCUCCUCGCCUGGCUGCUUGUGCUCUACCGCAAUAACGACGACGGCCUGAGCCGCGUAAACUGGGGGUUCAGGACGCGAGACGGCCAGCAGCCGUCGUCCGCAACUCACAACAGUCUGAGCCUAAGCGAGGCGCCCUUCAAGAACAGCGACUCCAUAUCCGAGGCCCUGGAGGUCAUCAAGAACCUGGGCGAGAGGGAGCUCGACAGUGACGCGCAACCGGUUCCUGUAAUAUACUUCAACAAUGGAGCACCUGCCUCUCAGGGCAAGUUGGAGAAGACGCCAUCCAAGAGAUCUCGCGACUGGACAUAUCAGAUCGAGACAACGAUCAACGAGGGGCAGAUAAUCAUCAAUGCCCAGUGGGACCGCGCCGUCCUGUCGUACCGUCACGCCGCCUUCCAACUCGACUCCUUCGUCGAGAUCCUCACCACAAUCCUCCAAAACCCAUACCGCCAGAUCUCGGACACGAUCGGUCCCACCACAAAGGACCUCGAGCAGCUGUGGACGUGGAAUGCCGAGCUGCCGGAGAACAUGCAGAGAUGUAUGCAGGACAUCAUCGCCGAGGUGGCCAGCAACGGUCCCGACCGGCCGGCCGUCGAGUCCUGGGACGGGAACUUCACCUACGGCGACGUGGAGCGUCUGUCAACCCGCCUCGCGCGCCAUCUCGUGCACCGGGGAGUCAAGGUCGGCUCCACGGUGCCCAUGUGCUUCGAGAAGUCGCGCUGGACGACCGUGGCGCUCCUGGCCGUCAUGAAGGCUGGCGCCGCCUUCGCGCUCACCGACCCCAGCCAGCCCGAGGCCCGUCUGCGCACCAUCGUCGAGCAGACCGGCGCCACCAUCAUCGUGACCUCCCAACGGCAGAGCGAGCUCGGCCGGCGCAUCGCCCCCGAGGGAGUCCUCGUCGUCGCCUCCGACGAGACCCUCAACCAAGACACCCUCGAGCUCGCCCCUGAGCUGCCCUACAUCCCGCCAUCCUCCCCCCUUUACAUCCAAUUCACGUCCGGCAGCACGGGUAAGCCCAAGGGAGUUAUGGUCUCUCACGAAAACUUCACCAGCGGCGCCGUCCCCCGUGGCUGGGCCGUCGGCUACCGCGCGCACUCCCGCUGCUUCGACUUCGCAUCGUACGCCUUCGACGUUGCCAUUGACUGCAUGCUCUGCACCCUCGCCGCGGGCGGCUGCCUUUGCAUUCCUUCGGACGAGGACCGCAUGAACGACCUGAGCGGCGCCAUCCGCAAUUCCAAGUGCAACAUGGCGCACAUGACCCCCUCCGUCGCCCGUGUCCUGGACCCGGAUGUCAUCCCUUCCCUGGAAGUCCUCGGCCUGGGCGGCGAGGCCGUCUCGGCGGGCGACGCCUCGACGUGGAGCAAGACGACGAGCGUCAUCAUUGCCUACGGCCCAUCCGAGUGCACCGUCGGCUGCACCAUCAAUAGCAACGUCAGCAGCACCUCGACUAACAUCGGCAAGGGCUGCGGUGGUCUCACCUGGAUCGUCGAUCCCGAUGACCACGAGCGUCUCAUGCCCGUCGGAGCCGUCGGCGAGCUUCUCAUCGAGGGGCCCGUCGUCGGUCUCGGGUACCUCAACGACAAGGCCAAAACCGACGAGGUCUUCAUCGAGGAUCCCGCCUGGCUCCUCGCCGGUGGUGGCCCCGCCCGCGGCAGACACGGCCGCCUCUACAAGACGGGGGAUCUGGUCCGCUACGACCCCGACGGCACAGGGUCCAUCGCCUUCGUGGGCCGCAAGGACCAGCAGGUCAAGCUCCGCGGCCAGAGAAUCGAGCUGGCCGAAGUCGAGCAUCACCUCAGGGGAAAGAUGCCCUCUGGCGUCAAGAUCGUGGCCGAGGUCAUCAAGCCCGGCGGCAGCGAGCCCACCCUCGUCGCCUUCGUCGUCGAGCAGAACCCCGUCGUCAACCCCGACGCGGAAGACGACGUCACAAUCUUCUCGCCCGAGUUCAGCCAGGCCAUCGCCGAGAUCGACAUCUCGCUGGGUGCCGAGAUCCCCCGCUACAUGGUCCCCUCCGCCUACAUCCCGCUCCGCAAGAUGCCGUCCCUGGUCUCUGGCAAGAUCGACCGCAAGCGCCUGCGCGAGCUCGGAGGCUCCAUGUCUCGUGAACAGGUCGCCCGCCUGCGCGUGGCCCCCACCGAGAAGAACGAGCCCGAGACGGAGAUGGAGAAGGCGUUGCAGCAGGUGUGGACUAAGGUCCUGGGCGGCGAGGUCAGCAUCGGCCUGCACGACAGCUUCUUCGCCCUCGGCGGCGAUUCCCUUCGUGCCAUGAAGCUCGUCGCUGCUGCCAGAGAGGAGGGCAUCGCCUUGACGGUGGCGAGCAUCUUCAACUUCCCUUCGCUCAAGGACAUGGCCCAGAACGCGACCAAGGUAUCCAAGGAGGACGAGGCCGCCGUUGCCCCCUUUUCUCUCCUCGAGGAUGGUUGGACCCCCGAGGAGGCGCGCGCAGAGUCAGCCAAGCUCUGCGGCAUCGACGAGUCUGCGAUCGAGGACAUCUACCCCUGCACGCCUCUCCAGGAGGGUCUGAUGGCUCUUUCUGCCAAGGUCAAGGAGGCCUACGUCGCGCAGAGAGUCGUUGACCUCGCCGACUCCGCGACAGCAGACAAGCUGCGCAACGCCUUCGAUGUCGCCGCCGCAGACUGCGCCAUCCUCCGCACCAGAAUCGUCCAGGUCCCCGGCCGAGGUCUUGCUCAGGUCGUGGUCAAGGAGGACAUCGCCUGGCAUAUUGGCGACGACCUCCAGGGCUACCUUGUGAAGGACCGAGAGGAGGGCAUGGAUUUGGGACGACCCCUCGUCCGGUAUGCCCUCGUCACCGAAAAGGAGACGGGCAAGGUGCAGUUCGUGCUGACAAUGCACCACGCCCUCUACGACGGCUGGUGCAUGCCCCUCAUCGUCGACAAGGUCAACAAGGCCUUCGAUGGCGUCAGAGUCGAGCGGGCCGCCGAGUUUAAGGACUUCAUCAAAUACCUUGGCAGCAUUGACCGCGCCGCCGCCGAGACGUACUGGCGCGAUCAGCUCCAGGGUGCCAACGGCCCUCAAUUUCCGGCCCUGCCGUACGAGGGAUACCAGACGCAAGCCGACUCGCUUCUGGAGGUCUACGUGCCUCUGAGCGGCCGGCCGGCGUCCAACACGACCGUCGCCACCGUCAUCCGCGGUGCGUGGGCGUACGUCGCAUCUCACUACUCCUCAUCACCCGACGUCGUCUUUGGCGAAACCCUUACGGGACGUAAUGCUCCUAUCAGGGGCACCGAGGAGAUUGAGGGCCCGAUGAUCACGACGGUGCCCUUCCGCCUCCAAGUCAACGGCGAGACUACCGUCAGCGACUACCUCCAAGACAUCCAGGAUCAGACCAUCCAGCAAAUUCCCUACGAGCACACCGGUCUCCAACACAUCCGUCGUCUCAGCCCUGACGCCCUCGAGGCCUGCGAGCUGAGGACCGGUCUCGUCCUCCACCCGAGCGCCGAUGAUUUCGACCAGGAGGAGUUCAACAAGUACCCUGCGAACCGCCUGGUUCCCGCCGGCGAUGCCGAGGCCGCCGAGGAGGCUCUCAAGUUUAACACCUACGCCCUCAUGCUCGUCUGCUCCACCGACCCCAAGGGAUUCCUGGUCAUGGCCUCGUUCGACUCCAAGACGGUCCAGAAGCCGCUGAUGGAAAGGGCUCUCGCCCAGUUCUCUCAGGUGGCCCAGAAGCUCUCCCAACUUACCGAUGCGCCGCUUGGCGAUAUUGCGUACCUGACGCAGGAGGACCAGGCCGAGGUGUCUCGUCUGAGCACCGAGAGCGUGAAGAGUGUCCUUGGGGAGUACCCUGAGGCCGAGGCCGUAUGGAUCGUUAACCCGACGGACUCUGGAAGCCUCGCGCCUCUGGGAGUCGUUGGCGAGCUCGUGAUUGUCAGCAAGGCGGAGUUGUCUCUUUCUACUCUUGAGCAGCCUUCGUGGGCGGCGACGAGCAAGGAGGAGGCCGGCAAGUUCUACAAGACGGACCGUCUGGCCAAGUUCAACGCGGAUGGGUCCGUUCAGAUCACCGGCAAGAAGAGCGAUCUCGUUCAAAAGACCAACACGGCCAGCAAAGCUCCCGCGAAACGCAUCUCUGCCACGUCCGCCAAGCAGCGCCGCCUGCGGACCCUCUGGAGCCGCGUCCUCAGGCUCCCCGAGAGCGAUAUCGGUCUGAACGACAGCUUCUUCCGUCUCGGCGGCGACUCCAUCGGUGCCAUGAAGCUCGUUUCCGAGGCCCGGCUGGCCGGUCUCACACUCACCGUCAACCAAGUCUUCACCAAGAGGACGCUAUACGACAUGGCCAGCGUUCUGCAGGACUCGGAGCCGACGCAACAAGGCUCGCAGGACACCGCACAAGCUCUGGCGCCCUUCGAGCUCCUGGAGAACUUUGGUGCCGCCCCGGCCGAGACACUGCGGCCUCUGCUGGCCGACCCGACGUGGAACAUCGUCGACGCGUUCCCCGCCAGACCGCUGCAAGAGGUCGCCGUCAAGGGGACCAUCGACAUCCCGCGCUUCUCGGCACGCUACGAGGCCAUGUACUUCGAGAGCGACGUCGACCGACCCCGCCUCUUCCAGAGCUGCCAGGAGCUCGUCUCGCUCAACGAGGUGCUCCGGUCCGUCUUUGUGCAGCACGACGGCACGUGUCUCAGCGUCGUCCUCGAGGACGUCAAGACGCCCGUCACGGAGCACGAGAUCGACGGCGACGUCGAGGCCUUCGUCAAGGACCUCUGCAACCUCGACGUCCAGACGCGCAUGCCGCUCGGCUCCGUCUUUGUCAAGUGGUUCUUCGUGCACAGCAGCAACGGCCGGUCGGCGCUCGUGUUCCGCGUGUCGCACGCGCAGUACGACGAGAUCUGCCUGCCCAUCAUGCUGCACCAGCUCUCGGCGCUGCACGAGGGCAAGCCCGUGCCCAGGUCGCUGCCCUUCUCCUCGUUCGCCGGGCACGUCGUCAAGUCCAACGUGCCGCAGAGCGUCGAGUACUGGAGAGAGCUGCUCGAAGGGUCCUCGAUCAACGUUCUGAAGCCCGACACCCCCGUGACGGAGAGGCAGCACUACGCCGUCGACCGGACGUUCGACAUCUCGACCCGCUCCAAGGACGUCACCAUCGCCACGCUCCCGACGGCGGCGUGGGCGCUGACCCUGGCGAGGAUGCAGGGGACGCGGGACGUGACCUUUGGCGAGGUCGUCAGCGGCCGCAACAUCGACUUCCCCAACGCCGACAUGGUCGUCGGCCCCUGCUGGCAGUACGUGCCGGUCCGGGUCCGGUUCGAGGACGACUGGACGGUGCUGGACCUGCUCAACCUCGUGCAGAACCAGCACAUCGCCAGCUCGGCGCACGAGGGCGUCGGCCUGCCCGAGAUCAAGCGGCUCUGCGCCCCGCACUGGCCCGCCGAGACGGACUGGUUCGACACGGUGGUCCACCAGGACGUCGAGCACGUCGAGAGCCUCGGCUUCGAGACGGCGAGCAGCAGGAUGGAGACCAUCUACCCGCACCAGGAGCCGCUGCGGGAGUGGAAGAUCCAGGCGUUCCCGCAGGGCGACAGGCUGACGAUCGAGAUCGUGACGUUCGAGUCGUGGAAGGGGCACGCCAACGACCUGCUGGACGAGAUCGAGACGACGUUCAAGGUCCUCUUGGGGAACCCUCGAGCGUCGUUGUUUGAACAGUGA